AGGAAACGAAACAAGAGGUAAAGAGAGCAAAACGACAAGAGCAAGCUAACAGGAAGGAGAAAGAUAGAAAAGACAACAACAAAGGCGAGAAACAAGAAAUAGGGAAUGAAAGGCAGAAUAGAGAGAAUAGGAAAGAAGA